AUGUCAUGGCUAGCAAGGUCUAUAGCUAACUCUCUCAAAUUCGACGAUGAGGAACAAGAAGAAGAAAUCAAAAUCAAUAAUAAUAAUAAUAGUAAUAAAGAAGAAGAAGAAUUAUCUAAGCCAGGAUCGGAUCAACAACAAUCCGCGACACCUCGUGGAGUCAAAGAAGACCUUACAGAUCUCAAGCAAACCCUAACACGCCAAUUCUGGGGUGUCGCAUCUUUCCUCGCUCCUCCGCCUGAAUCACCAUCCGAGUGUCAUCCUCGUACAUCCGAUCCAGAUGAUGAUGAUGCUGCAUUGAUUGCCGGAAUACGGAGCGAUUUUGCCGAAUUUGGAGGCAAAUUUAAGUCAGGGAUCUCCAAGCUGUCCACUAACAUAACGGUGUCGGAGUUUACCAAGAUUGCCUCCAAUUUGCUGCAGUUUGGGUCGGAGAGUGACGAUGAGAUUGGGACAAUUGAUGCAGCUGCUGCUGCUGUGGGUGUGACUGAAGAAGUUGUGGGUUUUGCUAGAGAUGUUGCUAUGCAUCCUGAGACUUGGCUCGACUUUCCUCUUCCUGAUGUUCAAGAUUUUGAAGAUUUUGACAUGUCGGAUGCCCAACAAGAACAUGCUUUAGCUGUUGAGCGUCUUGCUCCCAGAUUAGGUGCUCUGAGGAUUGAACUUUGUCCAGGAUAUAUGAGUGAAGGCUGCUUUUGGAAGAUUUACUUUGUACUCUUGCACCCCAGACUCACUAAGCAUGAUGCUCAGCUACUCUCAACACCUCAAAUAGUGGAGGCGAGAGCGAUGUUAUCGCAUAAGUUACAGAACAAAGGUAAGGCAAAGUCCACCUCAGAUUGGUCUGGAGGGGGCACUUUGAGUGUAAACGAUGCUGCUGAUUUAUCACAUGAAGAGUCUUUGUCUGUGCCAUCUCAUUCCGAGUCUGAAUCAGUUCCAAUCAUGACAUCUGGCACUGAAGCAGUCCCUCCUGCACUUGCAGCCAAGACAUCUGAUAAUGAAGCAGUCCCUUCCAGUGUUUCAGUUGAAUCAGAAACAGAGAAGCAUCCAGUUGACAGUACUCAAGUGCAAAUUAUUGACAAAUCCGUGGUUGAGGAAGAAAAAUUUAACCAGACCAAACAUCAAUAUUCAUCAUCUAGUUCCUCCUCUAGGGUUCUGGUCCUUCUGGAUGAGAAAUUUGAGGAUGAUGGUGAUGAUUGGUUGAAAGAUGAUAGUUCAGAAAUGAUUGGUGCCAGUGGAGCCGCAAUGCCUCUUGCAAAUGAUGAGGAUGUUUCAUUCAGUGAUCUUGAAGAGGAUGAUGGAGAUGAACCUACAAGUCACAAGAAAGUGGCAUCAGGCUCUGAUAGUUCAACAAAAGAAUCACGGGAUUGGGUUCAGCUGAGCAGAAGCUCUGCUGACUCCGUUAAGGAUAUUAACCCUGAUAGCAUCAAACAUGCUGGGUCUGAGCAGGUAAUUGCUCGCAACCCUGAAACCAAGGAAUCUAGUGAUUGGCUUGAUGUUGAUGACAUUGAAGUGAUGUGA